AACCUUCUAUAAAGGUGUAUCAACAUGGACAGACUACCUAAAGAUUAUGGUUACGUUAUUCUAACUGCUGUUGGGUCCCAAUUGGUCAAUACUUGGCUUGGAAUAAAAGUUGGCAAAGCAAGAAAGCAAUAUGGCGUUAAAUACCCAAUUAUGUAUAGCUGCGAAAAUGGCGGUGAUAACAUAUUCAAUUGUAUUCAGAGAGCUCAUCAGAAUACGUUGGAAAAUAAUCCAUCAUUCUUGACUUUGCUACUAAUCGCUGGUAUUGAAUAUCCACGCUUUGCCGCAGGAGCUGGUGGCAUUUAUAUUUUGGGAAAAAUUGCAUAUGCUAGAGGCUAUUCUACUGGAAAGCCUGAGGGAAGAUAUUGGGGAAGUUUUGGUUACAUUGGAGCCAUUUCUCUAAUGGGUUGUUGCAUCAAAAUGGCUUAUGAUAAUAUAAUGGCUUGA